AUGGAAACACCCUACACAGACCACUUAACAGCGCCCGAUUACGAGCAGGUAUAUGAGCCUGCAGAAGAUUCGUUUCUAUUGCUGCGAUGCCCUAGAAGCUGAUCUCCAUACCUCGAAGGCUUACAACCUCGAGUUUGUUUGGAAAUUGGACCCGGUAGUGGAAUAAUUGUAACAGCAUUGGCUAAGAAAUUGAAUAAAACGCUUUGCUUGGCUACCGACAUCAAUUCAUAUGCAUGUAAAGUGACAGAGGAACCAGCGAAUCGCAAUGGCACGCAUGUCGAUAGCAUAAAUUGUAACUUGAUGGACGCUCUACGAGAAAAGUGUAUAGAUUUACUUAUAUUCAAUCCGCCUUAUGUUGUAACCACAGACGAAGAGUUCAAAUAUCAAUCACUGCCGGAAUCGCAAAAGCCAAAUAAUCUUGUAUACUCAUGGGCAGGCGGAUUACUUGGUCGACGUGUUGUUGAUGAGUUGAUUAAGAGUCUGGAUGGUAUUCUAUCUGUUAAAGGAGUCUUCUAUUUACUGACACUUCGCGAAAACAAGCCGGACGAAUUGAUGCAAGAUUUGACUAGCUUAGGUUUUAUUGCAAUUAAGUUUAUGGAGAGGCGGAUACCAGGGGAAUAUCUGUAUGUUUUGAAAAUAACGCGCAGGUGAUUAGUUCUAUGCAUUUAUCCCCAAAGUGAUCUGCUUAUAAGAAAAAAUAAAAAAUUUAAAUAAUGAAAACACAUAAAUAAAAAAGCACGUAUUAAAUUUA